AUGACUGACGACAUAUACGAUACGUGCAGUGGAAAGGGAACUCCCCGCCGCAAGAUGAAGAAAGUCCACAAGUCCUCCGGAACCGAUGACAAGAAGCUGCAGACUGCUUUGAAGAAGAUGAACGUCCAGCCAAUCCAGGCGAUUGAGGAGGUCAACAUGUUCAAGGAGGAUGGCAACGUUAUCCACUUUGCUGCUCCCAAAGUUCACGCUUCUGUUCCCAGCAACACCUUUGCCAUCUACGGUAACGGCGAGGAGAAGGAACUCACUGAAUUGGUUCCUGGUAUCCUGAACCAGCUUGGACCUGAUUCCCUUGCCUCCCUUCGCAAGCUUGCCGAGAGCUACCAGAGCAUGCAAAAGAAGGAGGAGGGCAAGAAGGAUGAUGAGGAUGAUGAUGAUAUCCCAGAUCUAGUUGAGGGUGAGAACUUUGACAGCAAAGUUGAAUAA